CCAAAAACACCCCACAUCCCCACCACCACCCCACGGACCUCCCAGAACGCCUCUGAGACUCAACCCCACAAGGUCUACCACUGCUAUGAUGACUUCUCCCCAACCCAGCUGCGCUUUGUUCUCCUGCUGCGCCUUGUACUCUUCCUCGUCCUCUUCCUCCUCCCCUUUGCCAUCACCAUGUUCUGCUAUGUCCACACCAUCCGUGCCCUCCUCACUCGACCCCACAUCCCACUGCAGAAGAAGUACCGCACUGUGGGGCUGGCCGUGGCCACCAUGGUCAACUUUGUCAUCUGCUUUGGUCCCUACAACCUCUCGCAUGUGGUGGGCUUUGUGCAGCAGCGCAGCCCCACGUGGAGGCCCUACGCUGUGCUCCUCACCACCCUCAGCCCCGCGCUCGACCCCUUCAUCUUCUAUUUCUCCUCCAGUGCUGUGCGGAGGGCGGUCAGAGGGGUGGUGGGGGCAGUUUGUGGCACAAUCCGCGAGUUUUGGGGUUGGUGUGGGUGGGGGAGUGAUGGGGGGAGUGGGGGAGAGUGAGCCCCAACCAGGAGGAGGUUCUGGGGUAAAUGAGGUUGUUGUGAUUGGAGUGGGUUUAAUGGGGUGGGAGGUCAGAAAUGGGGACAGGUGUGUUGUUUUUGUGGUAAGAGUGGUUCCGUGGAUGCGUCCGGUGUUUGUGGAUCAAUCAACACUUGGUCGCUGUUGGGUUGUCCUACUGGGUUAGAGUCAAUAAAGACCCAUGGAUGUGGUCAGUGGGGUCAAUGAGGUCACAUAGAUCACUGUGGUCAAUGCAGAACCCUGAGUGUGACGUAAUGUUUUCCCCAAUGUCCACUGGGAUUGGGGUCAAUGUGGACUAAUGGAUCUGACCCAAUGUUGCUUUACGCCCAGUGCUCCCAAUUGCUUCAGUGUC